UUGUCAUAAGCUGAGCGACGGCUUUUUGAUCUGUGUUUUCCCGGGACUUAGUGAUCCCUCUGCCAUUCGACCCUGCUAGACCUGAAGAGAUGUCUCUACGCUGCGGGGACGCCGCCCGCACCCUGGGGCCCUGGGUGUUUGGAAGAUAUUUGUAUAGCCCAGUCAGACCAUUAAGUUCCUUGCCAGAUGAAAAAAAAGAACUUUUACAGAAUGGCCCAGACCUUCAAGAUUUUGUGUCUGGCGAUCUUGCAGACAAGAGCACCUGGGAUGAAUACAAAGGAAACUUAAAACGCCAGAAAGGAGAAAGGUUAAGACUACCUCCGUGGCUAAAGACAGAGAUUCCCAUGGGAAAAAAUUACAAUAAACUGAAAAAUACUUUGCGAAAUUUAAAUCUCCAUACAGUGUGCGAGGAGGCUCGAUGUCCCAACAUUGGGGAAUGCUGGGGAGGCGGAGAACGCGCCACUGCCACAGCCACAGUCAUGCUGAUGGGUGAUACAUGUACAAGAGGUUGCAGAUUUUGUUCUGUUAAGACUGCAAGAAAUCCGCCUCCACUGGAUGCCAGUGAGCCCUACAAUACUGCAAAAGCAAUUGCAGAAUGGGGUCUGGAUUAUGUUGUCCUAACAUCUGUGGAUCGAGAUGAUUUGCCCGAUGGGGGAGCUGAACACAUUGCAAAGACUGUAUCAUACUUAAAGGAAAGGAAUCCAAAAAUCCUUGUGGAAUGUCUCACCCCUGAUUUUCGAGGAGACCUUAAAGCAAUAGCAAAAGUUACUCUGUCAGGAUUAGAUGUGUAUGCACAUAAUGUAGAAACAGUUCCAGAAUUACAGAGGAAAGUUCGUGAUCCCCGGGCCAAUUUCGACCAGUCUCUACGUGUACUGAAACAUGCCAAGGAGGUUCAGCCUGAUGUUAUCUCUAAAACAUCUAUAAUGUUGGGUUUAGGUGAGAAUGAUGAGCAAGUAUAUGCAACAAUGAAAGCACUUCGUGAGGCAGACGUGGACUGUUUGACUUUAGGACAAUAUAUGCAGCCGACAAAGCGCCACCUUAAGGUUGAAGAGUAUAUUACUCCUGAAAAGUUCAAAUACUGGGAGAAAGUAGGAAAUGAACUUGGAUUCCAUUACACUGCAAGUGGCCCUUUGGUCCGUUCUUCAUAUAAAGCGGGUGAAUUUUUCCUGAAAAAUCUAGUGGCUAAAAGAAAAACAAAAGCCCUCUAAAACUUAGCCAAGACCUUCAAGAUCACAGAAAUUUUGACAUUUGAUUCCCAUUGGUAUCAGAGGCGGUGCCAGAACGCCCAGACGUCAGUGGAUGUACCGCAACUCUUUUUGCUU